GAAAAAUAAAUAAAAGACUGCGAAUUUAUAAUAUUGUAUUAUAUUUUGGAAUCUUCUACAGAAAUUUAAGAUGUGGUACUUGGUUGUCACCUUACUUUUGGGAUCCACUGUUACCGUCCUUGGACAACGACAACAAACAUCAUGUUAUUUGAUUUUGUGUUCUCCUGAUGAGCGCUGUGUGGAUGGUUUAUGUCAGCCAAUAACUGGUCAUCGGGAAUGUUCCUUCAUACCGUAUAGGCCGUGUCCUAAACCAGGAGAUUAUUGUCAAAAUGGAAAAUGUAUUCCAGGUCAUCGGGAAUGUUCCUUCAUACCGUAUAAGCCGUGUCCUAACCUAGGAGAUUAUUGCCGUUUUGGAAAAUGUAUUCCAGGUCCUCGGGAAUGUUCCUUCAUACCGUAUAGGCCGUGUCCUAAACCAGGAGAUUAUUGUCAAUAUGGAAAAUGUAUUCCAGGUCAUCGGGAAUGUUCCUUCUUACCGUAUAAGCCGUGUCCUAACCUAGGAGAUUUUUGCCGUUUUGGAAAAUGUUAUCCAGGGCCUUAUUAUGGGAGCUUUUUCUGAAGACUACCGAUAAUGCUAUACAAUUGGUUGAUGAGACGGACUCUUAAACUCAUCACCAGAAACAGAACGAAAAAAAUGAGGGACGGAACAAAAUCUAUGUCUUGAAAAAAUAAACGAAAUCUUACUCGCA